GAACAAAGAAAUCAGAGAGUAUAAAAUCCCUCGGCUUGCCUGCGCCGGGUCACAGUAAAGCUCGUACAGUUGAAGCGGCUCGCGCGCAGGUGCAGCGUCUGCGUGCGGCUCUCCGUCAUCAUGCGAUCUGCACAGCUCCUCACUGCGCUCUUCUAUUGCAUAGUGUGCAUCCAUUCUCUACCUGUACCAGACGGAAACAGCCACAGGUACAGACCUGCUGCGGACUGGCCUCAGAAGACCCAUCACCAUGGUCUCAAGAAGCGGACCCGACUUCAUCAUGUUCAGGAUACCCUGAAUGAAGACUUCAGCAAUAAAAGAGCGCAGCCACACACCCAGUUCUGGAACAGGCCACGAUGUGGAGUCCCAGACUACCCCUCAGAGAAGGGGGGGAGCGCUCUUCAUUUCUCAGCCCACAAAGGAGGGUUGCUUGGGGGCCGCCAUCGACGAAAACGCUUUGAUUUGUUCCCAGGACGCUGGGACAAAACAGACCUCACUUACAAGAUCAUUCAGUCCCCCAGGCAGAUGAAUCUGGAGAGAGUCAGAUACGUGAUUAGAGAAGCACUGCGGGCCUGGAGUGAUGAAACCCCUUUAAACUUUACUGAAGUCAUCAGUGGCCGGGCUGAUAUCAUGUUUGAUUUUUACAGGUAUUCACAUGGGGACUACCUUAAUUUUGAUGGCCCAGGAGGAAUUCUGGCACAUGCCUUUUUUCCCAGAACAUACAGGGAGGGAGAAAUUCACUUUGACAUGGAUGAGUCUUGGACAUUAGGCAACAGUAUGGGUACUGACCUCCUCCAGGUGGCAACUCAUGAGAUUGGCCACGUUCUAGGACUCCAGCAUUCUAAAGUACCAGGCGCAGUGAUGGCACCUUUCUACACCUUUUCCUACCCUGUCCGACUGAGUGAUGAUGACAAACGAGGCAUACAGGCCUUGUAUGGCUCCAAACGUUCAGAUGUAACAGUAAAAUCUGAAGAGAGACAACCCACAUUCACAGAAAGAAAUGAGAUUGACGCAACAUUUUUUCCACCUGUCCACCCAAAUCCUUCUCAUCCUGAUGCUUGCCAAACCAACUUCGAUGCUGUAUCCAUGAUCCGAGGCGAGCUGUUUUUCUUUAAGUCGGGUUAUGUGUGGCGGAUUCGUGAUGGUAAACUCCAGGCGGGAUAUCCUGCACUGGCAUCAAGACAUUGGAGAGGAAUUCCAGACAACAUUGAUGCUGCUUUUGAGGACAUGUCUGGGAAUAUAUGGUUUUUCCAUAGCCAGAAUUACUGGGUGUUUGAUGCUGAGCGGCAGAUCACAGGGCCAGACUCCGUACAGCGACUAGGACUAUUGGUGAACGACAUCCAGGCAGCCCUCAUGUGGGGAGAUACCAAGGCCCAGAAGAUUUACUUCUUCAAGAAAGGAAGCUACUGGCGAUUCAACCUGAAGGAAAACCGUGUAGAAUCAAUGCACCCUCGAAGCAUGAGCGACUGGAGGGGGAUACCGAGUGAUAUAGACGCUGCCUUCCAAGACCGAUUCGGUUUCGCCCACUUCUUGAGAGGGAAGCAGUACUGGAAGUUUGACCCAGUGGAGGUGAGGGUGCUGGAGGGAUACCCACGAUACAUCGGCGUGGAUUUCUUUGGUUGUUCUGCAGCCUUGUAUCAAUAAAUCCUGGGUCCAAUUAGGUGUCAUUUCUACCAAUGAUCAUUUUCAUGCACAUACUGCAAGCAGUAGCACCACAGACAAUGUGAACCAUUCAAGGUUCAGUAUGGUUAUUUUAGCAGGAUUAAUUGUUUUAUCAGGUAAAGUGUCAGAUGCAAAAGAAUCUGACGGCUGGAAUUAACACAAAUCUGUGGCUUAAGCAGAUACUGUGUAUCUACUCAAUCUGUGACGUGUAUGAGAUCUACGCCACUUAACCAUACGCAGAAACUGAAAAUAAUUAUUCUUUAAUGCUCUGAUAUGCAACUCAAUACUCUCAUCUCUCAGGAAAAGCAGGUAAUUUUGGUCUCAAAAUAUUUUUCGUACACAUUGUGUACUUGAUUAUUUAUUAUUUGUAUAUUUUUGGCAGUAUUGAUAGUGUUAGGAAGAAAUAACUGGUUCUUUUUGAGAAACGCGAUUUUUGAUUACAUUACAACAUUAUAUAAAUUAUUUCGCUAAAUCGUAACAUGCUGUUGACUACCACAGAUUAUUUGUUUUUUUUAGCGAGCAGAAACUGUAUUAGAAAAGUCUAUGAGGCAAGUCAUUCUUAAAAAUAAACAUUCUGUCAUCAUUUUGUGUCCUUCCAAACCCAUAAUAUUCACGAGUUGUGUAUGAAGAGACUUUCAGUGGACGAUAAGAAAUCUUUCAUAUUGUAUUCAAUUUAUCUUCAGUGUGUACUGAAAAAUGAACAAAAGUCUGGGUUUAAAAUGACAUGAGGGUGAGAAAAUGAUGACAGUGUUUUCAUUUUGUGGUAAAAUAAGCCUUUAAGGGUUUAAAACAAAAAGGUAAAGCUCAAGGAUUUUAUUUAAGUGCAUGCUAAUAUUAAUAAUGUCUUAAAACGUAUCUAAAUUGUCCUUUUAGUUAGGUGGAAGAACUGGUAAGAUUACACAUAGUGGCCCAUAACGCCAAAUACCUUAAAUACUGAAUAUCUAUAUUUCAGUAUCAGUUCAGAGAGUGCCACUGGACUUUGUAGCGCUAUAACUGAGCAUUUUAGAAUAUUGUUUGUUAAAGCAUUGAAGGACCUGAACUGUACAGAGUAGAACUGUGACUGAUUUCAGCAUGUUCACACUGAACAUUUCAUUCAUUAUCAGUAAUGUGACAUAAAUGACCUUUGUCAGUGUGAAUGUCCAUUUAAGUCUGUAAAGGGCUUAUGAAGACCUGUUUUUCAACAGUGAUAAUGUAUAUGUCGCAGUGCAGGUCACUGAUGCUGUUGUUCACGUCUUAAAUAAUUCCACUUUUUGCAUACUGAUGAAUAUAAUCCUUAUGGUCAGGUAAUGAUGUAUUUUGAUCUGAGGAAACUGUAUACUUUAAAUUCACUGUUAUUAUAGUGUUUCUCAUGUAAUCAGUUCUGUUCUUUCACUCGUUGCUCCUUUUACUAUGUAAAUAUUUUGUAAAAAGAAUUGUAUUAUAUUUUCACCUCCAAUAAAAGGCUCUCUUUGUU